AUGAAGUUGUCGGAUGCCUUUGCGGUGCUGGGUCUUCCGCCUGGAGAGAAGGACCCCGCCACAAUCCGAAGUGCUUACCGCCAGCAGCUUCUGCAGGCUCAUCCAGACAAAGGCGGAGAUGUUGAGGUGUUUCGACAAGUUCACUUGGCUGGAGACCUCCUGUUGUCAACCCAGCCUGCCGCAAAGGUCAAACCCAAAGCUCAAAGGUGUCCUACCCCGAAGCCGCCACCAGGACCUGGACCAUCAAGAGUGAGGCGAAGCGGCAAGAGCAAGUCCUUUCGACUGACCAGUGUAUUCCAGGAGUCGGAGAAUUUGGAUGCCCUCUUCUCUGGCCGAAAUCCAAGCAAGGGUUCAAGAGGUCUGACCAGCGAGAUUUUGGGCAAAGUCCAGCAGGCAAAAAAUCUUCAUGGCGACGCUAGAAGCGAGUUCUUGAAAGCGUUGUCCUCCAACACUCGCUCGCAAGUGGAACGGUUGCUCGAAAAUCCGGCGAACAUCUUGGGUGAUCGAGCAGGCUGUCAAGGGGCUCAAGGAGCGGAAACUGCAGAUCAAUACGAAGAACCCUCUGAGGCGCAUCAUGUUGAGAGGGAGAUAGCUGGAUUGAAAGCAAGAUUGGCAGCUUUGUCACAGCAGGAGCGGCGGGAUGAAAUUGGCCGACUCCCACCAAGCCAGCAGCAAGCCUUGAAGAAGCACUUGUUAGCA